GUACGCGCGGGCCGGGCCGGGCGGGCGGGCGGCGGGCGCGCGGAGACGCGGGCACCUCCUCACCCGGACGCCACCGCCGGCUCCCGGGCCACGCCGCGUCGCCUUCCGCUCCGUUGGCCGCUAGCCCGCCCCGGCCGCGCAGGGAGCCCCGCUCCGAGGUGGGGGCGCGCCCCGUCCCGCCCGGAGAGUCAUCUCUUUCCUCCGCACCGACCCUGGCCUUGCGCCCCCGGGCGCCACCACCAUCCCGGGUCCCCUGAGGGCCGCAGCCAUGAACGAGAUGUCCAGCUUUCUCCACAUCGGAGACAUCGUCUCUCUGUACGCCGAGGGCUCCGUCAAUGGCUUCAUCAGCACUUUAGGGCUGGUGGAUGACCGCUGUGUGGUGGAGCCUGCGGCCGGGGACCUGGACAACCCCCCUAAGAAGUUCCGAGACUGCCUCUUCAAGGUGUGCCCCAUGAACCGUUACUCAGCUCAGAAGCAGUACUGGAAGGCCAAGCAGACCAAACAGGACAAGGAGAAGAUCGCCGAUGUGGUUCUGCUGCAGAAGCUGCAGCAUGCGGCCCAGAUGGAGCAGAAGCAGAACGACACGGAGAACAAGAAGGUGCACGGGGACGUGGUGAAGUAUGGCAGUGUGAUCCAGCUCCUGCACAUGAAAAGCAACAAGUACCUGACAGUGAACAAGCGGCUGCCGGCCCUGCUGGAGAAGAACGCCAUGCGGGUGACCCUGGAUGCCACGGGCAACGAGGGCUCCUGGCUCUUCAUCCAGCCCUUCUGGAAGCUGCGGAGCAAUGGGGACAAUGUGGUUGUGGGGGACAAGGUGAUCCUGAACCCCGUCAACGCCGGGCAGCCUCUGCAUGCCAGCAAUUACGAGCUCAGUGACAACGUGGGCUGCAAGGAGGUCAACUCCGUGAACUGCAACACUAGCUGGAAGAUCAACCUGUUCAUGCAGUUCCGAGACCACCUGGAGGAGGUGUUGAAAGGGGGGGACGUGGUGCGACUGUUCCACGCGGAGCAGGAGAAGUUCCUGACGUGCGACGAGUACAAAGCCAAGCUGCAGGUGUUUCUGCGCACCACGCUGCGCCAGUCCGCCACCUCGGCCACCAGCUCCAACGCCCUCUGGGAGGUGGAGGUUGUCCACCAUGACCCCUGCCGUGGAGGAGCUGGCCACUGGAAUGGCCUAUACCGCUUCAAGCACCUGGCCACAGGCAACUACCUGGCUGCUGAGGAGAAUCCCAGCUAUAAGGGCGAUGCUUCUGAUCCCAAGGCAGCAGGAGCGGGUGCCCAGGGCCGCACGUGUCGCCGGAAUGCUGGGGAGAAGAUCAAGUACCGCUUGGUGGCUGUUCCCCACGGCAAUGACAUCGCCUCCCUCUUUGAGCUGGACCCUACCACGUUGCAGAAAACCGACUCCUUUGUGCCCCGGAACUCCUAUGUGCGACUUCGCCACCUCUGCACCAACACGUGGAUCCAGAGCACCAACGUGCCCAUCGACGUGGAUGAGGAGCGGCCCAUCCGCCUCAUGCUGGGCACCUGCCCCACCAAGGAGGACAAGGAGGCCUUUGCCAUUGUAUCGGUGCCUGUGUCUGAGAUCCGAGACCUGGACUUUGCCAAUGACGCCAGCUCCAUGCUGGCCAGCGCCGUGGAGAAGCUCAAUGAGGGCUUCAUCAGCCAGAAUGACCGCAGGUUUGUCAUCCAGCUGCUGGAGGACCUGGUGUUCUUCGUGAGUGAUGUUCCCAACAAUGGGCAGAAUGUGCUGGACAUCAUGGUCACCAAGCCCAACCGGGAGCGGCAGAAGCUGAUGAGGGAACAGAAUAUCCUCAAGCAGAUCUUUGGCAUUCUGAAGGCCCCGUUUCGGGACAAAGGAGGUGAGGGACCCCUGGUGCGGCUGGAGGAGCUCUCAGACCAGAAGAACGCCCCCUACCAGCACAUGUUUCGCUUGUGCUACCGCGUGCUGCGCCACUCCCAGGAGGACUACCGCAAGAACCAGGAGCACAUCGCCAAGCAGUUUGGGAUGAUGCAGUCCCAGAUUGGCUAUGACAUUCUGGCCGAAGACACCAUCACUGCUCUGCUGCACAACAACCGCAAGCUCCUGGAGAAGCACAUCACCAAGACUGAGGUGGAGACCUUCGUGAGCCUGGUGCGGAAGAAUCGGGAGCCCAGGUUCCUGGACUACCUCUCUGACCUGUGUGUGUCCAACCACAUCGCUAUCCCCGUCACCCAGGAGCUCAUCUGCAAGUGUGUGCUGGACCCCAAGAACAGUGACAUUCUCAUUCAGACUGAGCUCCGGCCCGUGAAGGAGAUGGCCCAGUCCCACGAGUACCUGAGCAUCGAGUACUCAGAGGAGGAAGUGUGGCUCACUUGGACCGACAAGAAUAAUGAGCACCAUGAGAAGAGUGUGAGGCAGCUGGCCCAGGAGGCGAGGGCCGGCAACGCCCACGAUGAGAAUGUGCUCAGCUACUACAGGUACCAGCUGAAGCUCUUUGCCCGCAUGUGUCUGGACCGGCAGUACCUGGCCAUCCACGAGAUCUCCCAGCAGCUGGGCAUUGACCUGAUCUUCCUGUGCAUGGCGGAUGAGAUGCUGCCCUUUGACCUGCGUGCCUCCUUCUGCCACUUGAUGCUGCAUGUGCACGUGGACCGAGACCCCCAGGAGCUGGUCACGCCCGUCAAGUUUGCCCGUCUCUGGACUGAGAUCCCCACAGCCAUCACCAUCAAGGACUAUGAUUCUAACCUCAACGCCUCCCGAGAUGACAAGAAGAACAAGUUUGCCAGCACCAUGGAGUUCGUGGAGGACUACCUCAACAACGUGGUCAGCGAGGCUGUGCCCUUUGCCAACGAGGAGAAGAACAAGCUCACCUUCGAGGUGGUCAGCCUGGCACACAAUCUCAUCUACUUUGGCUUCUACAGCUUCAGCGAGCUGCUGCGGCUCACCCGCACGCUGCUAGGCAUCAUCGACUGUGUCCAGGCCCCCCCAGCCAUAAUGCAGGCCUUCGAUGACUCAGGCGGCAAGAAUGUGCGGCGGUCCAUCCAGGGCGUGGGGCACAUGAUGUCCACCAUGGUGCUGAGCCGCAAGCAGUCUGUCUUCGGCACCCCCAGCCUGCCCACCGGCGCCAGUGCUCCUGAGCCCCUGGACAGAAGCAAGUUUGAGGACAAUGAAGACAUCGUGGUGAUGGAGACCAAGCUGAAGAUCCUGGAAAUCCUGCAGUUCAUCCUCAAUGUCCGCCUGGAUUACCGCAUCUCCUACCUGCUGUCUGUCUUCAAGAAAGAGUUUGUGGAAGUGUUUCCCAUGCAGGACAGCGGGGCAGAUGGCACAGCCCCUGCCUUCGACUCCACCACUGCCAAUAUGAACCUGGAUCGCAUUGGGGAGCAGGCGGAGGCCAUGUUUGGAAUUGGGAAGACAAGCAGCAUGCUGGAGGUGGAUGACGAGGGCGGCCGCAUGUUCCUGCGCGUGCUCAUCCACCUGACCAUGCACGACUACGCGCCGCUGGUCUCAGGGGCCCUGCAGCUACUCUUCAAGCACUUCAGCCAGCGCCAGGAGGCCAUGCACACCUUCAAGCAGGUGCAGCUGCUGAUCUCAGCCCAGGAUGUGGAGAACUACAAGGUGAUCAAGUCGGAGCUGGACCGGUUGCGGACCAUGGUGGAGAAGUCCGAGCUGUGGGUGGACAAGAAGGGCAGUGGCAAGGGCGAGGAGGUGGAGGCAGGCACUGUCAAAGACAAGAAGGAGCAGCCCACGGAUGAGGAAGGCUUUCUGCACACGCCUGGGGAGAAGAGCAGUGAGAACUACCAGAUCGUCAAGGGCAUCUUGGAGCGGUUGAAUAAGAUGUGUGGCGUUGGGGAGCAGAUGAGGAAGAAACAGCAACGGCUGCUCAAGAACAUGGAUGCCCACAAGGUCAUGCUGGACCUGCUGCAGAUUCCCUACGACAAGAGCGACGCCAAGAUGCUAGAGAUCCUGCGUUACACACACCAGUUCCUGCAGAAGUUCUGCGCAGGGAAUCCCGGCAACCAGGCCCUGCUGCACAAGCACCUGCACCUCUUCCUCACGCCGGGGCUCCUGGAGGCCGAGACCAUGCAGCACAUCUUCCUGAACAACUACCAGCUGUGCUCCGAGAUCAGCGAGCCGGUGCUGCAGCACUUUGUGCACCUGCUGGCCACCCACGGGCGCCACGUGCAGUACCUGGACUUCCUGCACACUGUCAUCAAGGCCGAGGGCAAAUAUGUCAAGAAGUGCCAGGACAUGAUCAUGACUGAGUUGACCAAUGCAGGAGACGAUGUUGUUGUGUUCUACAAUGACAAGGCCUCACUGGCCCACCUUCUGGACAUGAUGAAGGCCGCCCGGGAUGGUGUGGAGGACCACAGCCCCCUCAUGUACCACAUCUCCCUGGUGGACCUGUUGGCUGCCUGUGCCGAGGGCAAGAACGUCUACACUGAGAUCAAGUGCACCUCCCUGCUGCCCCUGGAGGAUGUGGUGUCUGUGGUCACACAUGAGGACUGCAUCACAGAGGUGAAGAUAGCCUACGUGAACUUCGUGAACCACUGCUACGUAGACACGGAGGUGGAGAUGAAGGAGAUCUACACCAGCAACCACAUCUGGACACUCUUUGAGAACUUCACCCUGGACAUGGCUCGGGUCUGCAGUAAGCGGGAGAAGCGUGUGGCGGACCCCACCCUGGAGAAGUACGUGCUGACUGUCGUGCUGGACACCAUCAACGCCUUCUUUAGCUCCCCCUUCUCUGAGAACAGCACCUCCCUGCAGACGCACCAGACGAUCGUAGUGCAGCUGUUGCAGUCCACCACACGGCUGCUUGAGUGUCCGUGGCUGCAGCAGCAGCACAAGGGCACUGUGGAGGCCUGCAUCCGGACCCUCGCCAUGGUGGCCAAGGGUCGGGCCAUCUCGCUGCCCAUGGACCUGGAUGCCCACAUCAGCUUGCUGCUCAGCAGUGGCAUCAGUUGUGUAGCUGCCGCCCAGCGGAAUGCUUCCAACUACAAGGCCACCACGCGGGCCUUCCCUCGCGUCACCCCCACUGCCAACCAGUGGGACUACAAGAACAUCAUCGAGAAGCUGCAGGACAUCAUCACAGCCCUGGAGGAGCGGCUGAAGCCCCUGGUGCAGGCCGAGCUGUCUGUGCUGGUGGAUGUCCUGCACUGGCCUGAGCUGCUCUUCUUGGAGGGCAGUGAGGCCUACCAGCGCUGUGAGAGUGGGGGCUUCCUGUCCAAGCUGAUCCAACAUACCAAGGACCUCAUGGAGUCGGAAGAGAAGCUGUGUGUCAAGGUGCUGCGGACCCUGCAGCAAAUGCUGCUCAAGAAGACCAAGUACGGGGACCGGGGCAACCAGCUGCGCAAGAUGCUGCUACAAAACUACCUCCAGAAUCGGAAGUCCAGCUCGAGGGGGGACCUUCCAGACCCCAUGGGCACUGGCCUGGACCAAGACUGGUCUGCAAUCGCAGCCACCCAGUGCCGCCUGGACAAAGAGGGGGCCACCAAGCUGGUGUGUGACCUCAUUACCAGCACCAAGAAUGAGAAGAUCUUCCAGGAGAGCAUCGGCCUGGCCAUCCGCCUGCUGGACGGAGGCAACACCGAGAUCCAGAAAUCCUUCUACAACCUGAUGACGAGCGACAAGAAGUCAGAACGAUUCUUCAAGGUGCUGCAUGACCGCAUGAAGCGGGCCCAGCAGGAGACCAAGUCCACGGUGGCCGUCAACAUGAGCGACCUGGGCAGCCAGCCACACGAGGACCGGGAACCGGCAGACCCCUCCGCCAAAGGCCGCGUGGCCUCCUUCUCCAUGCCCGGCUCCUCGUCCCGCUAUUCACUGAGCCCCAGCCUGCGCCGGGGGCAUGAGGUGGGCGAGCGCGUGCAGAGCAACGAGAUGGGCAUGGCCGUGCUCAUUAUGCAGCCCAUCCUGCGCUUCCUGCAGCUGCUGUGCGAGAACCACAACCGGGACCUGCAGAACUUCUUGCGCUGUCAGAACAACAAAACCAACUACAACCUGGUGUGCGAGACCCUGCAGUUCCUGGACAUCAUGUGCGGCAGCACCACGGGAGGCCUGGGGCUGCUGGGGCUCUACAUCAAUGAGGACAACGUGGGCCUUGUCAUCCAGACCCUGGAGACCCUCACCGAGUACUGUCAGGGCCCCUGCCACGAGAACCAGACCUGCAUUGUGACCCACGAGUCCAACGGCAUAGACAUCAUCACUGCGCUGAUUCUCAACGACAUCAGUCCCCUGUGCAAGUACCGGAUGGAUCUGGUGCUGCAACUUAAGGACAAUGCCUCGAAGCUGCUCCUGGCUCUGAUGGAGAGCAGGCAUGACAGUGAAAAUGCUGAGCGAAUCCUCAUCAGCCUGCGGCCCCAGGAGCUGGUGGACGUCAUCAAGAAGGCCUACCUGCAGGAGGAGGAGCGGGAGAACUCGGAGGUGAGCCCACGUGAAGUGGGCCACAACAUCUACAUCCUGGCACUGCAGCUCUCCAGGCACAACAAACAGCUGCAGCACCUGCUGAAGCCAGUGAAGCGCAUCCAAGAGGAAGAGGCUGAGGGCAUCUCUUCCAUGCUCAGCCUCAACAACAAGCAGCUGUCCCAGAUGCUCAAGUCUUCUGCGCCGGCCCAAGAGGAGGAGGAGGACCCCUUGGCUUACUACGAGAACCACACGUCCCAGAUCGAGAUCGUGCGGCAGGACCGCAGCAUGGAGCAGAUCGUGUUCCCAGUGCCUGGCAUCUGCGAGUUCCUGACAGAGGAGACCAAACACCGGCUCUUCACCACCACCGAGCAGGAUGAACAGGGCAGCAAAGUGAGCGACUUCUUCGACCAGUCCUCCUUCCUGCACAACGAGAUGGAGUGGCAGCGCAAGCUCCGCAGCAUGCCGCUGAUCUACUGGUUCUCCCGCCGCAUGACGCUGUGGGGCAGCAUCUCCUUCAAUCUGGCAGUUGUCAUCAACAUCAUCAUCGCCUUUUUCUAUCCCUAUGUAGAGGGCGCGUCCACUGGCGUGCUGGGCUCCCCGCUCAUCUCACUGCUCUUCUGGAUCCUCAUCUGCUUCUCCAUCGCGGCCCUGUUCACCAAGCGCUACAGUAUCCGCCCCCUCAUUUUGGCGCUCAUCCUGCGCUCCAUCUACUACCUGGGCAUUGGGCCCACGCUCAACAUCCUGGGUGCCCUCAACCUGACCAACAAGAUCGUGUUCGUGGUGAGCUUUGUGGGCAACCGUGGCACUUUCAUCCGGGGUUAUAAGGCCAUGGUCAUGGACAUGGAGUUCCUCUACCACGUGGGCUACAUCCUGACUAGUGUUCUAGGCCUCUUUGCACAUGAGCUCUUCUACAGCAUCCUGCUCUUUGAUCUCAUCUAUCGUGAGGAGACACUGUUCAAUGUCAUCAAGAGUGUGACCCGCAAUGGCCGUUCCAUCCUGCUGACCGCCCUGCUGGCCCUCAUCCUGGUCUACCUCUUCUCCAUCGUCGGCUUCCUCUUCCUCAAGGAUGACUUCAUCCUAGAGGUUGACCGGCUGCACAGCAACCACUCUCGAGCCAGCCCCCUGGGGAUGACACACGGAGCCGCCGCAUUUAUGGGCACGUGCAGCAGGGACAACGAGGACUGUGUCUCGGGGGUCUCAGUGCCUGAGAUCCUGGAAGAGGACGAGGAGCUGGACGGCACCGAGCGGGCCUGUGACACUCUGCUGAUGUGCAUCGUCACUGUCAUGAACCACGGGCUGCGCAAUGGUGGUGGCGUGGGCGACAUUCUCCGCAAGCCCUCCAAAGAUGAAUCUCUCUUCCCGGCCCGUGUGAUCUACGACCUCCUGUUCUUCUUCAUCGUCAUCAUCAUCGUGCUGAAUCUGAUCUUUGGGGUGAUCAUCGACACCUUUGCGGACCUACGCAGUGAGAAGCAGAAAAAGGAGGAGAUUCUUAAGACCACGUGCUUCAUCUGUGGUCUGGAGAGGGACAAGUUUGAUAACAAGACGGUGUCGUUUGAGGAGCACAUCAAGUUUGAGCACAACAUGUGGAACUACCUGUACUUCAUCGUGCUGGUCCGGGUGAAAAACAAGACGGACUACACGGGCCCGGAGAGCUACGUGGCCCAGAUGAUUAAGAAUAAGAACCUGGAUUGGUUCCCCCGGAUGAGGGCCAUGUCCCUAGUGAGCAACGAAGGGGAGGGGGAGCAGAACGAGAUCCGGAUUCUUCAGGAUAAGCUCAGCUCCACCAUGAAGCUGGUGUCCCACCUCACUGCUCAGCUCAACGAGCUCAAGGAGCAGAUGACAGAGCAGCGGAAGCGGAGGCAGCGCCUGGGCUUUGUGGAUGUGCAGAACUGCAUAAGCCGCUGAAGGCCACCGAAGGCGCCACCGGGAUGCCAGUGACUGGAGAGCGGUGCCUGCGACACUGCCCCUUCCCUUGGGUCUGGGGCCCAGCCCUGCCCACCUCUUGAGGCUAGGUGCCCACCCAGCCUGCAGCUCCUACUCUGCAGACCCCUCCAGCCCACCAGGCUCUGACCAGCUCGGAGGGGAACCAGAGUUGAUAGUCCUGCCCAGAGCCCUUGAAAGACUCAGAAUCGCACUGGGAUUCAGUUCACCUUAAUGCCUUAGAGGAGGAUGCGUCCUCUUAAAGGACUCUCGCCGUGUCCCUUAAAGCAAUAACUGAUAUUCCUUUGUUAUUCCUCCUUGUGGGUGAUUAGGAGUGGGGUCACCUCUUUAUUCCAAGCACUACAUUUUGGCUCUGCCCCCCUCUGAGGGAGGGCAGUAAUGCUGUUGCUAGUCAUUUUAGGGCUGUUAUUUAACUUAUUCAUGGGCGCCGUGCUCAGCCUGCCCACGGCCUCGUGGCUCCUUCCUGCCUCAGGUCUGCCGUGGACAGUGUUAGACAUCACUGUCCAUGUCCAGGCCACCUCCUCUGGCACGGCCUCUGGGGGACUGGUGACCCAAGGAUGGAGUCUUGUUCCCAGACCUGCUUCCUGGGGAAGAGUCACAUGCCCAGGUGGCAGGGCUGGGGUGUGUCACAAUGGCUGGUUAUUGACUGCUUAAUUUUUUCCCCUUUUGGUGUAAUGUUUUACAAAUCCUUUGGCCUGACAACUAAUGUUAAUUGCCAUAAAUAAAUUAAUAGGAAUCCAGUCCAUGAAAAAGGAGUGCUGUUUCCUGUACUCCCAUGGGCUGUGGGAUCAGUGUGGCACUGUGGCACCCUGAUGGCACAGGACACCAGCCCUUGCCUGCCAGCCUCCCUUCCCUCCCACUGGGCUCUGGGGAGAUGCCCUGAGUGACAUCCGCCUUGCUAAUUCCUGGGCAGAAACCAGUUAUACUGGUUUCUGCCGGGAUCCUAUGUAUUCUAUUUCAUGCAUCUCACAUAUUUGGGGAGUCUGGGUACAAACAAGGUGAAGAACCCAGUUCCACUUCUCCCUGGUGAGGGGAGCUGUUGGCCCCUGCCCUACCCUUUCUCUCAAGUCUGUUCUUGCCAGAAGCCGGUGCAAAUAGGGAAUGUGAAUGUCUACCAGAAAGAGCUCAGGCUCUUGGGUGCGGGGUAAUAACGUGACCCUCUGCUGGCCCCUGGCGAGGAGGCCGCUGUCCUGUGGCUUCCCUCGGAACCCGCCCACAGUACUGAAGCCAACCGCAGCCCAAGGCCCCUGUUGACCAAGGCCUGUGUGUAGCUCUACUCUGUCCAUUAAGCCAACUUGGAACGAGGGUAUUUUGCAAGGUCAGGAGCAGAGGACGUGCUCCAUGCUUCUGAGUCAGAGGAGGCCAAGCGGGCUCUCUCAUCUCCCUGCCAUACCACCUCCUGCUGCUUUCUGUUUGCAACAGGAUGCCUUUUUCAAUAUUUACUGCUAUUUUUGGCCCUCUCCCAGGAGCUCCUACAAUAAAAGGGAGCCUGAGAAUCUUGCCGGGAGCCAGUCAGGCCCCCGUUGGCAGGUGGGGCUCCCUUGGCCCUUCAGGAAGCACCUUCCCUUCUCAGGCCCGGAGACCAAAGUUUCCUCUCCCUGGGAGACUUCUCUACCCUGACCGGUGGGUGGGGCCGAGGCUCCAUGGCAUCCUUUCUCAGGCUGAACUUUCUUCAGAGCAAUAAGGGCUUCCUUUUAGUGAGGGCUAAAUGAGCUUCCCAAACCACGAGGAUGGGGCGGUCAGGGCAGUUUUAUUGAUGGUGGUGGCACAUAAGACCCUGUGCUUAGGUACGUGGGCGAGACAAGGACUUGACCCAGUCCUUUUCCUUCUCAGAACUCCUGGGGGCAAACUUCUCCUGCAGUUUCUUCCACAUGCCUUUGUUCAUUUCCUUAAACUCUUCCAAGGUAUCUGCAAAGGGGAAGACCAAAAAAAAAAAGUCUAAAAUUCGGUUAUGUACAUUGGCCCUGCAGAGCUUUCACCACACAAGCACGGCUCACCCGUCACACAGUGUGUUCCUAAAAAGGGGAAGUGUAAACCCCACUUCUGAUAAGCAAAUCAG